UUUUUGCGCUUGCGUAAAUGUGUUUCUCUUGACAUUAAUUUCGCUCCAAUGUCAGGAAAUUUAUCAUACUAAUAUCGUGAUAUUGUUGUUUGCCCGCUCGCCGCUCGUUCGCAUACCACAAGAAAAGCAAAUCUUGCAUAUGUUGUUCUUUGUUCUGACUUUUGAACAUAUAUAAUGUAAUCGUCAAUAAGAUAUUAUAUGCGCAGCAUAUCCGUGAUCAUGAAUAUUAUAUCUAAUCGUGUCAUAUUAUACGUUAAAUCACUUUUCCUUACGAGAGGCGCAUCGAUAAGUUGCUCCAGACAGAAGGACAAUUUCCAAGAUUUGAUUCAUCCAGAAGGGCGGGAACCCAACAUUCCGCAUUAUGUAGAACGCGAAGGAGAAAGUGGUGAUCUGAAAAGAGCAAGAUUGACAUAUCAAUCUCGUAAACGCGGGAUGUUGGAGAAUGGUUUGCUUCUUAGCACGUUUGCAAAGAAGUAUUUGAAUACAUUCAAUGAUACGCAGUUAAGAUUGUAUGAUCAACUUAUAAAUUUGCCAACCAAUGAUUGGGACAUAUUUUAUUGGGCAACUGGUGUUAAACCAACUCCACCUGAAUUUGAUAAUGAAGUGAUGGACAUGUUGAAAAAGCAUACUCGAAACAAAGAUCGACAAGCUAGGAUAAUGCAACCUGAUCUAUAAAUAAUGUAUAACAUAGUAACGAUAUUAAUAGAAUGUAACAUAUAGUAAUGUAGUUAUUUAAAUUAAUACAAUUAGAAUAAAUAAUAAAUUAUUGUGAUGUAUCUUAUAUAUACACACAUAUGUAUGUUAAGUUAUUAAAGAAAAAGUAAUCUUAUUUUUUAA